GCCCGCUGGAAGUUAAGAUGGCGGCGCGAGUGUGAGUGCGGCGCGGCCGGAGCCUCCUCCCGGCGCUGCUGCGGCCGGCUCCGUCUUCCUCGCGUUCCGCGCCGCGGCGGGUGAGCCGAGAACUCCGCCGGCGGCCACGAGCGGCCCCGGGGGAGGGACGGAGGCUGAGCGCCCCCUCCCCCGCCGCCCCCCCCCCCCCCCCCCCAUUGUGUGCCCGGCCCCCGCCCGCCCGCCUCCCUCCGCCGGGGGGGACAGCGGCGGCGGCGCGGAACAUGACCUCGAUCCACUUCGUGGUGCACCCACUGCCGGGCACCGAGGACCAGCUCAAUGACCGAUUAAGAGAGGUUUCAGAGAAGCUGAACAAGUAUAAUUUAAACAGCCACCCCCCUUUGAAUGUAUUGGAACAGGCCACUAUUAAACAGUGUGUGGUGGGACCAAAUCAUGCUGCAUUUCUUCUCGAGGAUGGUAGAGUCUGCAGGAUUGGUUUUUCAGUUCAACCAGACAGAUUGGAAUUGGGUAAACCUGAUAAUAAUGAUGGUUCAAAGUUGAGCAGUGGCUCAGGGGCAGGAAGGACAUCCAGGCCAGGCAGGACUAGUGACUCCCCAUGGUUUCUGUCUGGUUCUGAAACUCUGGGCAGACUGGCAGGCAACACCCUUGGGAGUCGCUGGAGUUCAGGAGUUGGUGGAAGUGGAGGAGGAUCUUCUGGUAGAUCGUCUGCUGGAGCUCGAGAUUCUCGAAGGCAGACCAGAGUUAUACGCACAGGACGCGACAGAGGGUCUGGACUGCUGGGGAGUCAACCACAACCAGUGAUUCCAGCGUCAGUCAUUCCAGAGGAACUCAUUUCACAGGCACAAGUUGUUUUACAAGGAAAGUCCAGAAGCAUUAUUAUUCGGGAGCUCCAGCGAACAAAUCUUGAUGUAAACCUUGCUGUAAAUAAUUUGUUGAGUCGUGAUGAUGAAGAUGGAGAUGAUGGGGAUGACACAGCAAGUGAAUCAUAUCUUCCUGGAGAGGAUCUUAUGUCUCUUCUGGAUGCUGACAUACAUUCUGCUCACCCAAGUGUCAUUAUUGAUGCUGAUGCUAUGUUUUCAGAAGAUAUUAGUUACUUUGGUUAUCCAUCCUUUCGGCGCUCAUCACUUUCCAGGCUAGGCUCAUCCAGAGUUCUCCUUCUUCCCUUAGAGAGAGACUCUGAGCUGUUGCGUGAACGUGAGUCCGUUUUACGUUUGCGUGAACGAAGGUGGCUUGAUGGAGCCUCAUUUGAUAACGAAAGAGGCUCUACAAGUAAGGAAGGGGAGCCAAACCUGGACAAGAAGAAUACACCUGUUCAGAGUCCUGUUUCCUUAGGAGAAGACUUGCAGUGGUGGCCAGAUAAGGAUGGAACAAAGUUUAUUUCUAUUGGAGCUCUAUAUUCUGAGCUCGUGGCUGUUAGCAGCAAAGGAGAACUCUACCAGUGGAAGUGGAGUGAAUCAGAGCCUUACAGAAAUGCACAGAAUCCUUCACUCCAUCAUCCACGAGCCAUGUUCCUGGGAUUAAGCAAUGAAAAGAUAGUGCUUCUUUCUGCAAAUAGUAUUAGAGCAACUGUUGCCACUGAAAAUAACAAGGUUGCUACAUGGGUAGAUGAAACUUUAAGCUCUGUGGCUUCUAAAUUAGAGCACACUGCACAGACGUACUCGGAGCUUCAGGGAGAACGAAUUGUUUCUUUACAUUGUUGUGCUCUUUAUACCUGUGCUCAACUAGAGAACAACUUGUAUUGGUGGGGUGUAGUUCCUUUCAGCCAAAGGAAGAAAAUGCUAGAAAAAGCCAGAGCGAAGAAUAAAAAGCCCAAGUCUAAUGCUGGUAUCUCCUCUAUGCCAAACAUAACUGUUGGAACCCAGGUGUGUUUAAGAAAUAACCCCCUCUAUCAUGCUGGAGCAGUUGCUUUUUCAAUCAGUGCUGGAAUUCCCAAAGUGGGUGUCUUAAUGGAGUCUGUUUGGAACAUGAAUGACAGCUGUCGAUUUCAGCUGCGCUCUCCCGAGAGCUUGAAAAGCAUGGAGAAAGCUAGCAAAACUACUGAGGCCAAACCUGAAAGCAAACAGGAACCAGUGAAAACUGAGAUGGGUCCUCCACCAUCCCCAGCUUCCACUUGUAGUGAUGCGUCCUCAAUAGCAAGCAGUGCAUCAAUGCCAUAUAAGCGACGACGAUCUACUCCUGCCCCUAAAGAGGAGGAGAAAGUGAACGAAGAGCAGUGGUCUCUGAGGGAAGUUGUGUUUGUGGAAGAUGUUAAGAACGUUCCUGUUGGCAAGGUGCUAAAAGUGGAUGGCGCUUACGUUGCUGUGAAAUUCCCAGGCACCUCCACUAGUGCAAACUGUCAGAGCAGCUCUAAUUCAGACCCUGAUCCUUCUUCUCUUCUCCAAGACUGCAGGCUGCUCAGAAUAGAUGAACUGCAGGUUGUCAAAACUGGUGGAACUCCAAAGGUUCCUGACUGUUUUCAAAGGACACCUAAAAAGCUGUGUAUUCCUGAAAAAACAGAGAUCCUAGCAGUAAAUGUAGAUUCCAAAGGGGUGCAUGCUGUUCUGAAAACUGGCAACUGGGUUCGAUACUGCAUAUUUGACCUUGCCACAGGAAAGGCUGAGCAGGAAAAUAAUUUCCCUACCAGCAGCAUUGCAUUCCUGGGUCAGAAUGAGAGGAGUGUUGCUAUUUUUACAGCUGGACAGGAAUCUCCUAUUAUUCUUAGAGAUGGAAAUGGUACAAUCUAUCCAAUGGCAAAAGAUUGUAUGGGCGGGAUAAGAGACCCUGACUGGCUUGACCUUCCGCCUAUUAGUAGUCUUGGAAUGGGUGUUCAUUCCUUAACAAAUCUUCCUGCUAACUCGACCAUCAAAAAGAAAGCUGCUAUUAUCAUUAUGGCUGUUGAGAAACAAACCUUAAUGCAGCACAUCCUGCGGUGUGACUAUGAGGCUUGCAGACAGUACCUGAUGAACCUUGAACAAGCAGUUGUCUUGGAUCAGAAUCCACAAGUGCUGCAGACCUUCCUUGGCCACAGAUGUGAUGGCAACCGCAACAUCCUGCAUGCUUGUGUGUCUGUCUGCUUUCCAACCAGCAACAAAGAAACAAAAGAGGAAGAGGGCCUACCUCAUUCAGUGCACAAGAUGGACGGUGCUCACCGAAUGGAGGCGGAGCGCUCUGAAAGGAACACCUUUGCUGAAAGACUCUCAGCCGUGGAAGCCAUUGCAAAUGCAAUCUCUGUGGUCUCCAGCAAUGGCCCAGGAAAUCGGGCAGGGUCCUCAAGCAGCAGAAGUUUGAGAUUAAGGGAAAUGAUGAGAAGAUCCUUGAGAGCUGCUGGAUUGGGCAGACAUGAAGCUGGUGCUUCAUCAAGUGAUCACCAGGACCCAGUUUCUCCCCCAAUAGCUCCUCCCAGCUGGGUUCCAGAUCCUCCUGCAAUGGAUCCGGAUGGUGACAUUGAUUUUAUCCUGGCCCCCGCUGUGGGAUCUCUUACCACAGCAGCGACUGGCACCGGCCAAGGACCUAGCACCUCCACGAUACCAGGUCCUUCUACCGAGCCAUCUGUAGUGGAAUCAAAGGAUCGGAAGGCAAACGCACAUUUCAUCCUGAAAUUACUCUGUGAUAGUGUUGUUUUACAGCCUUACCUUCGAGAGCUGCUCUCAGCUAAGGAUGCAAGAGGCAUGACACCAUUUAUGUCAGCAGUUAGUGGCCGGGCAUAUCCUGCUGCAAUUACAAUUCUAGAGACUGCACAGAAGAUUGCUAAAGCUGAAGCAACUUCCAGUGAAAAAGAAGAUGAUGUGUUUAUGGGAAUGGUUUGUCCUUCUGGUACAAAUCCAGAUGACUCUCCUUUGUAUGUUCUGUGCUGUAAUGAUACAUGCAGUUUUACCUGGACUGGUGCAGAACAUAUUAACCAAGAUAUAUUUGAAUGCCGAACAUGUGGGCUCUUGGAAUCACUUUGCUGUUGCACAGAAUGCGCAAGGGUCUGUCACAAAGGACAUGACUGCAAGCUCAAACGUACAUCUCCAACAGCCUACUGUGACUGCUGGGAAAAGUGCAAGUGUAAAACCUUAAUUGCUGGACAGAAGUCUGCUCGCCUUGACCUCCUUUACCGCCUGCUGACCACCACAAACCUUGUCACCUUGCCAAAUAGCAGGGGAGAGCACCUCUUGCUGUUUUUAGUGCAGACAGUUGCCAGGCAAACAGUGGAGCACUGCCAGUACAGACCACCGAGGAUUAGGGAAGAUCGCAAUCGUAAAACUGCAAAUCCUGAAGAUUCUGAUAUGCCUGACCAUGAUUUAGAACCCCCUCGCUUUGCCCAGCUUGCCUUGGAGCGUGUUUUGCAGGACUGGAAUGCGCUGAAGUCCAUGAUCAUGUUUGGCUCCCAGGAAAAUAAAGACCCUCUUAGUGCCAGCAGUAGGAUAGGUCAUCUGCUGCCUGAAGAACAAGUUUACCUUAAUCAGCAAAGCGGAACUAUUCGCUUGGACUGUUUUACACACUGCCUUAUUGUCAAGUGUACAGCAGACAUUCUGCUCUUAGAUACUUUGCUGGGUACUCUGGUAAAGGAAUUGCAAAACAAGUACACACCAGGACGCAGAGAAGAAGCCAUUGCUGUUACAAUGAGAUUCCUGCGUUCCGUAGCAAGAGUCUUUGUCAUUCUUAGUGUGGAAAUGGCUUCCUCCAAGAAGAAAAACAAUUUUAUUCCACAGCCAAUUGGAAAAUGCAAACGUGUAUUCCAGGCAUUACUGCCCUAUGCUGUGGAAGAGUUGUGCAAUGUAGCAGAGUCUCUGAUUAUUCCAGUCAGGAUGGGAAUUGCACGUCCUACAGCACCCUUCACACUUGCCAGCACUAGCAUAGAUGCCAUGCAAGGAAGCGAAGAGCUGUUCUCUGUGGAGCCUCUGCCACCCAGACCAUCAUCUGACCAGUCUAGCAGUUCUUCUCAAUCUCAGUCAUCUUACAUCAUAAGGAAUCCUCAGCAAAGGCGAAUCAGCCAGUCACAACCAGUUCGUGGCAGGGAUGAAGAACAAGAUGAUAUCGUUUCAGCAGAUGUGGAAGAGGUUGAGGUGGUUGAGGGUGUAGCUGGUGAAGAAGACCACCAUGAUGAACAGGAAGAACAUGGUGAAGAGAAUGCUGAAGCAGAAGGCCAGCACGAUGAGCACGAUGAAGAUGGCAGUGACAUGGAGUUGGAUUUGCUGGCAGCUGCUGAAACAGAAAGUGAUAGUGAGAGUAACCACAGUAAUCAGGACAAUGCUAGUGGGCGCAGGAGCGUUGUCACCGCAGCCACUGCUGGGUCAGAAGCAGGAGCUAGCAGUGUUCCAGCAUUUUUUUCUGAAGAUGACUCUCAAUCCAAUGACUCCAGCGACUCAGACAGCAGCAGCAGUCAGAGUGAUGACAUAGAGCAGGAGACCUUCAUGCUCGAUGAGCCUCUGGAAAGAACCACGAAUAGCUCCCAUGCCAAUGGUGCUGCCCAAGCUCCCCGUUCCAUGCAGUGGGCUGUACGUAACACCCAAAACCAGAGGACUACUAGCACUGCUCCCUCUAGUACAUCAGCCCCAGCAGCAAGUUCAGCAGGCUUGAUUUACAUUGAUCCGUCAAACCUGCGUCGCAGCGGUACCAUCAGCACAAGCGCUGCUGCAGCAGCUGCUGCACUUGAAGCCAGCAAUGCAAGCAGCUAUUUAACAUCUGCAAGCAGCUUAGCAAGAGCUUACAGCAUCGUGAUACGGCAGAUAUCUGACCUCAUGGGUCUGAUUCCCAAGUACAAUCAUUUAGUGUACUCCCAGAUCCCAGCAGCAGUCAAGCUGACUUACCAGGAUGCAGUGAACUUGCAGAACUACGUAGAAGAAAAGCUGAUUCCUACUUGGAAUUGGAUGGUUAGUAUCAUGGACUCCACCGAAGCCCAGCUGCGCUACGGCUCUGCCUUGGCAUCUGCCGGUGAUCCUGGGCAUCCCAAUCACCCUCUGCACGCCUCGCAGAACUCGGCCCGGCGGGAGCGGAUGACAGCCCGCGAGGAGGCCAGCCUAAGGACGCUCGAGGGAAGGAGACGUGCCACGCUGCUCAGUGCCCGCCAGGGGAUGAUGUCAGCACGUGGGGAUUUCCUCAACUACGCCCUCUCUCUGAUGCGCUCACACAACGAUGAGCACUCCGACGUUCUUCCCGUUCUGGAUGUCUGUUCUUUGAAGCAUGUAGCAUAUGUUUUUCAAGCCCUUAUUUAUUGGAUUAAAGCAAUGAAUCAACAGACAACAUUGGAUACUCCUCAGCUGGAACGAAAAAGAACUCGAGAGCUUUUGGAACUGGGGCUGGACAAUGAAGAUUCAGAGCAUGAAAAUGAUGAUGACACCAAUCAAAGUGCCACGCUCAACGACAAAGAUGACGACUCCCUCCCAGCAGAGACUGGCCAAAACCAUCCGUUUUUCAGGCGAUCAGACUCCAUGACCUUCCUCGGUUGCAUUCCCCCCAAUCCUUUUGAGGUUCCUCUGGCAGAGGCCAUCCCCCUGGCAGACCAGCCCCAUCUGUUACAGCCAAAUGCACGCAAAGAAGAUCUGUUUGGCAGACCCAGCCAGGGGCUGUAUUCAUCUUCUGCCAACAGCGGCAAGUGCUUAAUGGAGGUUACAGUGGAUAGAAACUGCCUCGAGGUUCUUCCAACUAAAAUGUCCUACGCUGCCAACUUAAAAAACGUGAUGAGCAUGCAGAAUCGGCAGAAGAAGGAAGGAGAGGAACAGAAUGUGCCUACAGAAGAGUCUGAGAGUUCAAAGCCAGGGCCUUCAGCUCACGAUCUUGCAGCACAACUGAAAAGCAGCUUGUUGGCAGAGAUAGGAUUGACAGAAAGCGAAGGGCCACCUCUCACAUCUUUCAGGCCACAGUGCAGCUUCAUGGGCAUGGUUAUAUCUCAUGACAUGUUGCUGGGGCGGUGGCGCCUUUCGUUGGAGUUGUUUGGUAGAGUAUUCAUGGAAGAUGUUGGAGCAGAGCCUGGGUCGAUCCUGACUGAAUUGGGUGGCUUUGAAGUGAAGGAAUCCAAAUUCCGCAGGGAGAUGGAAAAGCUUAGAAACCAGCAAUCCAGGGAUUUAACACUGGAGGUUGAUCGAGACAGAGAUCUUCUGAUUCAGCAAACCAUGAGGCAGCUCAACAACCACUUCGGCCGCAGGUGUGCUACCACUCCCAUGGCUGUGCACAGAGUCAAAGUUACUUUUAAGGAUGAGCCAGGAGAGGGCAGCGGCGUAGCACGGAGCUUCUACACGGCUAUCGCCCAGGCUUUUCUGUCCAACGAGAAACUGCCCAACCUGGACUGCAUUCAGAAUGCCAACAAGGGCACCCACACAAGUCUGAUGCAGAGAUUGCGAAAUAGGGGCGAGAGAGACCGGGAAAGGGAGCGAGAGAGAGAAAUGCGGAGAAGUAGUGGCUUGCGAGCUGGUUCUCGGAGAGAUAGGGAUAGGGACUUUAGAAGACAACUCUCCAUUGACACUCGGCCUUUUAGACCGGCAUCAGAAGGAAAUCCGAGCGACGACCCUGACCCUCUUCCAGCACACAGACAAGCCCUUGGGGAGAGGCUCUACCCUCGGGUGCAAGCAAUGCAACCAGCAUUUGCAAGUAAAAUCACAGGAAUGUUGUUGGAGUUGUCCCCUGCUCAGCUGCUUCUCUUACUAGCCAGUGAAGAUUCCCUUAGAGCAAGAGUUGAUGAAGCAAUGGAACUCAUUAUUGCACAUGGCAGGGAGAAUGGUGCUGACAGUAUAUUGGAUCUUGGAUUGCUGGACUCUUCAGACAAAGUGCAGGAGAACAGAAAGCGGCACGGUUCCAGCCGCAGCGUGGUAGACAUGGAGUUAGAUGACACAGAUGAUGGGGAUGACAAUGCACCACUUUUCUACCAACCUGGGAAACGAGGCUUUUAUACACCAAGACCUGGUAAAAACACAGAAGCCAGGCUGAACUGUUUCAGAAACAUUGGCAGGAUCCUAGGAUUGUGCUUGUUGCAGAAUGAACUCUGUCCCAUCACAUUAAAUAGACACGUAAUCAAAGUUCUCCUUGGCAGAAAGGUGAACUGGCAUGACUUUGCCUUUUUCGAUCCGGUUAUGUAUGAGAGCCUUCGGCAGCUCAUCCUCGCUUCCCAGAGCACAGAUGCUGAUGCAGUGUUUGCAGCAAUGGACUUGGCCUUUGCAAUAGACCUGUGCAAGGAGGAGGGUGGAGGGCAGGUUGAACUCAUUUCCAAUGGUGUAAAUAUACCAGUCACUCCCCAGAAUGUAUAUGAGUACGUCCGGAAAUACGCCGAACAUCGAAUGUUGGUAGUAGCAGAACAGCCUCUACAUGCAAUGAGGAAGGGUCUCCUGGAUGUACUGCCAAAGAAUUCAUUAGAAGAUUUGACAGCAGAAGAUUUCAGGCUUUUGGUGAAUGGCUGUGGUGAAGUAAAUGUGCAAAUGCUAAUCAGCUUCACUUCUUUCAACGAUGAGUCAGGAGAAAAUGCUGAGAAGCUUUUGCAGUUCAAGCGCUGGUUCUGGUCCAUAGUUGAGAAGAUGAGUAUGACAGAAAGACAGGAUCUGGUUUACUUUUGGACCUCCAGUCCUUCAUUGCCUGCCAGUGAAGAGGGAUUCCAGCCUAUGCCAUCCAUCACCAUAAGACCUCCAGAUGACCAACAUCUUCCUACAGCCAACACUUGCAUUUCUCGCCUUUAUGUCCCACUCUAUUCCUCUAAGCAGAUUUUGAAACAGAAAUUGUUACUCGCCAUUAAGACCAAGAACUUUGGUUUUGUGUAGAGUCUAAAACCGUGUGUAUUGCUGUGUAAUAUUCCUAGCUAACUUUUGUAGAUUUUUCUUUUUGGUUUUGGUUUUUUUUUUUCCUUUCCAUUUGUCUAUAAAAGUUUAUGAGAGUUGAAGCUGUCCUACCCCUGGUGGUCCUGUACCAGAUCGAAAUGCAAACAUUCCUCUGUGCUCCGAUUUGCAACCGCCGAGGCCGACGGAGCGCUGGCGAGCGGCUGCUGACGACAGUUUUGCUGGUCCAGGACUCCUUUUGCCUGACCCCAGCCAAAGAUGACAGCAGAACAAUAGAAUUUACACUGUGAUUUAUCUUUUUGCUGAGGGGGGAAACAAACAAAGCAAAACAACAGAGACACAAAAGGAAUCUGUAAAAUGUUCUGAAAAUUCACUGCUGCCUUUGUGGAAAGUGUUUCGGCAAAGGUUCUUGUAUAGAGGGAGUAGGGAAUUUCCAAAUAAACAAUUAAGGAUGUCCUGUGGUUUAGUUUACCUUUUUUUUUUCUUUUUAGAGGGUUUUUUUUUGUUUUCAUUUCUUCCUCUACCCUCCUCUUUCUCCCUUCCCCUCCCCCCCCAAAAUGGUGUUUAAUUUGUGGUUGGCUGCAGUUGUGUAUCAUGUAUAUUGAACUUGUAAAAAGAGAAGUUCCUGACAGCUCAGAUCCCGGAGCUGGGAUCCUCCUGACAGCUCAGAUCCCGGAGCUGGGAUCCUCCUGACAGCUCAGAUCCCAGAGCCGGGAUCCUCCUGACAGCUCAGAUCCCAGAGUUGGGAUCCUUCACUUUAUGAAACCACUUCCAUGGCAGUUUUCCGUUCUGAUUGCAUCAGAUCCCCCUCACUGCUAUUUUUGCAUGUAAGCUGUACUCUGAGUGGGGUUUGGGGUUGUUUUGGUCCUGGGUUGGUUUUCGUACCAGGAGGCCAAUGCACAGUAUUUCAUAGCUCACAAUCAACCUUUUUGUUUUGUAUCCCUGUUUCAGUGAACAGACAGUCAGGAGAUUUUGUUCCACUACCAGUUCUAACCUGACACUUGUACUCCGUUAUCUUUAACUCUGUAAACUCAGCCUGGGCACUUUCUGGUAACUGUAAAAUGUUUAUAAGAUCAUGAUUAUUGAAGAUACAUUUUUGGAAGACUUUAAUGUUCGUGAGCAGCUUAACUUCUUUUGUAUCUAGCCUUUUUUUAAGUACCUUGUUACAGUUUUUUAAUAAAGAAAUUACAGACAAAACACCAAGUCAUGCUGAAGAAACAAUAGUUUUUCUUUAUUGAGCCAUUUAUACUUGAGCCAACAGCAGACCCUAAACGGAGUGGUUCACUGAACAAAAAAAAGAAUCUGAAUUUUGGCAACUGACAAAAUUGACCUGCAGAAGACCUUCAGCCCACAUUUUACAGUUAGCAGAGAAUCCUGAACCAAACGGGCCAGGCAAACCCUUUCUUUGCAUGGAAAUGGCUUGAAGGGAAAGAGGCUUGUUCUGAACCUCCCCCCAAGGGAAUUAGGGUAGGAUCAAUGUGUCAGACUGCUUUGCAGUGGGUUGUGUCCGUGUGCAGUUUUGAAGUGGUUGGUUGGUUUUGGGGAGGGCAGCCUCUGACCAUAGCCUAGGACUUGUUUACCUGAAUGCUGGAGAGAAUUUUGAGAGUCAGGAAGUGAUGAGUAAAGGAAGGAGCUAAUUUUUCCAUGUCAGAUUCCUGAAAGCUUAGCAGACUGAGUAGUGAAGUUUUUCUGGUGAUGACUUCUCUCCCUCUUUCUUGCUUCUCCAGCCUCAUGAGUCUCUGUUAGUGAUUUUUAUGUUAAUUACUUAUGUUUUUCUUCCUUUUGAUGGGAAGAGCCAAGCUAACGUUCUGACAAGAGUGGAAUUGACCAGAGCUCUGCCGGGCUUUCCUUUCUGCCAGCCAGUUGAGGAUGCUCGGAAGUUACCUACAGCUGUGAUUUAAAAAGCAAACCUGUGUUUUCAUCAAUUAUUCAGCUGGUAGAGAUCCAGAGGGCAGAAAUUCUGAUCACCAGUUGCCAAACCAGUGCUCAAAAGUCCUGUUUUCUAAAUCAGGCUGUUUCAGGCUUGUGCAGUUGGACUGCAAACAGAUCAAGUAAAGAGAUGUGGAGUUAUUUCUGCAUGUGCCUAAUACUUGCUGAAUCAGCCAGCCUAGAAAAAGGAUAGUUUAUGAGGAUCAGAGUCUUCUGCAUUUCCUGCUGUGGUCUCUGGCAGAUCUUAACUUCAAGUCUGUGUCAGAUUUUGCUGUGCAGUAGCCAAGUCUAGACAUGGGUGUGGUGUAGUGUAGAGAAUAAAGACUGGUAUGGCUGCGCUGCUGGAGGGCAGCUGCAAGGGUGGCAAGGCAACAUCUACCUUAGGCCUGGAUUUCUAACUGGUGUCCUCCUUUCCAUUACCAGAAACACCUCUAACUGAAACGUGUGGAGUUAGUAGAAAGCAACACCAGAAACCGUUUAGGCAGUCUGCAGCCUGUGAAAUAAAAGCUCCCUCCCUCACAAAGCUUUGUGAGGCUUGAUGUGUUGAACAAAAUCCUAUCCAAGGCCCUGGGAUGAAAGGCCAUAUAUAAAUGUAAAGUACUGUGUGUAUAUAUCUCUGUAUUGUGUGUAUAUGUAUAUAAGUGUAUGUGUAUGUAUAACAUAUAAAUAUAUGUUAUAUGUAUAUAUAUUUCUGUAUAUAGCUUUAAACAGUUUUUUAAGUCCUGUAAUGUAUAGCUAGACGAGAAAAAAAGUGAUGCAGAUGAACUCCAAAGUAGCUCACCAUAUAUACACACACGAGGCACUCUGAGGGGAGAGGGAAUCUAGAGUGGUUUAUGCUGUCAGCAUUGACUUGGAAUGUGUAUGUAGCUUUAUAAAUAGCUCUUUUCCUCUGUAUGGUAUAUUUAAACUCUAUCAAGAUUUUAAUAAGAAAAAAAUGUUUAUUAAAAUCAUACACCUCA